UGUUUGUAGUCGGAAUGGGUACACGACAGCACGAUCUCACAAAGUUGUGGAUGAAAUAAGAAGCAGUUUUGACUAACACAACAAAUAUAGACGCUUUCAGACAAAGCUCAGCAGUUCGCCGCAUUUGCGUCUUUUGCGCAAGUCUUCUAAAAUUCAGGGAAUGCGGACUAAUCACGUGUGCAACAAACAGUAAGACAUCAUGAACAAAGAGACCAGACUGAAAGCAUCAGUGAACCAGAAGCUGACAGAGAUGGGCGAACGAGAGAGACUAAAGGAGCUUCUGAGAGCCAAACUCACAGAGUGCGGAUGGAAAGAUCAGAUGAAGGCCCAUUGCAAAGAUGUUAUAAAAGAGAAGGGCCUGGAGCAUGUGACUGUGGAGGACUUGGUGGCAGAGAUUACUCCUAAAGGAAGAGCGAUGGUACCUGACAGCGUCAAGAAAGAGCUUCUGCACAGAAUAAGAGCCUUUCUGUCUCAGCAUGCCUCAUAAGAUACACUAUUUUUAGUUAAGUGAUUUUACUUGAUUUUUUUUUUUUUUUUGUACUUGAUUUAGCAGUAUGCUUUGUACAUUUUUAUAUGACUUUAGAUUAUCUAUCAAUGCAGUUGACUCAUUUAUUAGUAACUUCAAUUGAAAUCCUUAACAAUAAUAAAAUUGACUGUUAUAGCCUAUAGAUUCAAAAGAGAAAAGUGGCCUUCUUUGUUGAGAUAGUUAUAUGAUAUGAAUGAGAACUUAUGUUGUUGAGAUAAUAAAAAUACUUUCACAAAAAGA